AUGGGCGGAAAUCAAUUUGGGGAAGCCAGUUCUGGCGUUAAAGAAAACUUGCUAUUUCAAGAGUCAAGCGUAGGUCCCAAUAAUACCAACGAUAAAAGAAUUGAAAUUGAGGAAUGGGGCAUAGUCGAAUGGUUCAGUAGUGACCGUGGUAACUGGCAGGAUUCUUUAUUUAAAUGGAUUAUUCUGGCAUUGGAGGAACCGAUGGAUAGUAAAGAGAGACAAGUAAUUGAGAAAGGGCUGAAUGUUCUUAAGCGAGAAAUAGGAGAAAUUUUUAUGGUAGGAAUCUCAGACGAAGCAAGAUACAACUUUUGUUUCGAUAUUUUGAAAAACUGUCAUGAUUAUAUAGUAACUCAAGAUACUUCUGUGAAAGAAUUGAUAAAAGAUAAUUUACUCAAAAGAAUUUUCGAGUAUUUUAAGAUAGAAUUUACUUCUGCAAAAUCUUUGGUGGAAAUUAUUCGCAAAAUUUCCAUCUCAAAAAGGUCGGUUUUGAGAUUUAUGACGCAUCAAAGUAUUCAAGCUAGAGUAGCCUACCUCCGGACUGCGUUAAUAACUCAUCAAAAACCAUCGGAUAUGGAAGGCUAUCAUUGUACAACCAAUCCAUAUUACCACGAAUCUUCGGAAGAGUUAAAAAAACUCCAAUCCACAUGUAUGACAAUAAACUCUGAACGUAAUGAAUUGCUCCAAAGACUUCAAGAUCUAGAAUCUAAAUUAGCGGAUAGUGAAAAGGUUCUUAAUGAACAAAUUGAAAUGAAUGCAAAAUUGGUUGAAGAGAAAGAACAGCUCAGUGAAGACUAUAAAAGUGAACACGCUCAGCUCACGAGAGAGAUGGAUAUUAUUAGAAACAAAUUGGAAUCUGCAAAAAGAGAAGCCACUGUAUACCAAGCUGCCCUUGGAAAUGCCACCAAUGUUCGUUGGAGUGACGAUUCCUUUAAUAAUCCUAUACAACUAACUAAAGAUAUUCAAGAGAUGCGACAACUUGUUGAUGAGUUUACUAAGGUUAAGGGCAAGGCAUACGCAAUUAAAGAAAAAGAGUCAUUAGAAUUAUUAAAAUCCUAUGAUAAUAGAGUCGAUUCCACGUUAGAUAUUAAGCAAAUCAAAACACUACUAAGCUUUGCAUUACAGAGAAUGGUUCUCAAAAUUAUUUUUGACGCUGCGGAGAGGAUAUAUGAUGACUCACGUAGAUAUCAACAUUACAACGAUUCCUUACUCGAGCCGUAUAUCGUAUAUCACGCCGAAGAAUUAAUCAAGUAUUCCUCGGAUCUUGCUCACAAUCGUGAAGGCAACGAUAGUAUCGCCGGCGUGACCCCCAUUAAAAUUCGACAACAAAUUUAUGCAUCUCUCGCUCUACGUGGUUAUUCUAAGAACAAACAUCCUUACAUUAGGAGGACAGCUGACGAAAUUAUUGGAAAGAUCAAAAAAUAUCGUGAAAUUGUCGAUGAAGAAAGACAGAAUGAGCUAAGAUCAGAAACCGAAUCAUUAAUUAGGACUGGCUUCCAUUUAUGGUUUAGCUUAAAGGCCCAGGAACCAGCACCUAAGAUUAAAUGGUGUGAAUCAGGCGUUCAAAUUAAAACGCCUGUCAUGGAAGGAAGUUGGGAUACGAACCAAAUAAAUGACCUAGAAGUGAGCAUGUGUUAUUUUCCCUUAAUCGCCACCGACAACAAACAAGUUUAUUGCAAGGCAUCUGUUGUAGCUCAACCAAAGGCUGGGAGGGUUCAAAAAGUUCUUGGUAAAAUGUACAGUAUAAUUAUGUAA